AUGGCAGCAGUGUCAACCUUGAGAUGGACCACAUCUUCCAGAACGACAAGAACUUGUCUUUCUACCUUCAAAUCCAUCAGCAGUUCACUCCAGAGCAAGCCGGAUGGAGCUGGAGGUCCCUCGUAUCUAGGUUUGGCCUUGGACGGGCACGGGCGCGCCUUUUCGUCAACAACAAGACACCCACAACGACAACCAAUAGAAGACCUACCAAACCGUAGAGGCUUUCGUCUCAAAGAUACCCCUGCUCAUGAACUUCUUUGUCUUGAGUGGUCUCAACCGCCGCACAAUGUGCUCCUGAUCAAGAAAGAGUAUUCCGAACAAACCACAGAGGCUGUCAAGGAAUUCAGCAAUCAUGUCAUGACCACCUAUCCGGAUGUCAACAUUCUUCUGGAACCCCAAGACUCUGCUGAACUUGGCGAUACGCUGCCUGGGAAUCACUUCAGUCCCAGCAACUCACAUCUAUCAAGACGAGCAUACCACAACAAAGUCGACCUGGUCGUCACCUUCGGUGGCGAUGGGACCAUUUUACAUGCGGCUUCCAUAUUUGCCACGUCUCCCAAAGUCCCUCCGAUCCUGUCAUUCAGCAUGGGCACCCUUGGUUUCCUGAGUGAAUGGAAGUUUGCCGAAUACAAGCGAGCAUUCCGAGAGGUAUACAUGUCGGGUGCUGCCUCUGAGCGACAUGCCGUGAUUCAGAGCUCUCCUUCCACAGAGCAGGGCUCCAUAGCCGACUGUACGGGCUGGUCAUCCAUUCGUGGGAAAUCCAUGGGUCCAGCAAGGGGGGCAAGAGUGCUAGUACGACAGAGACUAAAAGUCGGUCUUUUUGAUGCCGCUGGCAAGCGACUUGGGAAUGGAGAUCUGUUGGAAGACCUGCAUGCCAUGAACGAAGUGAUCCUGCACAGAGGUCAAGACCCACAUCUUGCCAUUGUCGAUGUGUAUGUCGGAGGUCGAUUCCUCACCGAGGCUGUUGCAGAUGGCAUGAUCAUAUCCACACCUACUGGAAGUACCGCUUAUAGCCUCAGCAGCGGUGGAAGCAUCAUACACCCACUAGUGCCGUCCUUGCUCCUCACACCUAUCUGCCCUCGCAGCUUGAGCUUCCGCCCUUUGGUCCUGCCUGCCUUCACGCCAAUCACGUUGAAGUUGAGCGAGAAGAACCGAGGGCGAGAAGUGGACUUCAGCAUUGACGGCAAAAGACAUACCGAUGGUAUAGGCGUUGGCACUGAAGUCCGAGUUUCUGGAGAGGAAAUCAGGCCUGGCCCUGAAGGGUUCGCCGGUGGUAUCCCCUGCAUCAUGCGCAGAACCAUUGCAGGCACUGAAGGAGAUGAUGGAUGGGUUGGCGGACUGAAUGGCUUGCUGAAGUUCAAUCAUCCGUUUGGUGAAGACGGCUGA